AUGGCACCGAACAAUAGUGUUUAUGUUACUAGUCGAAGUCAAAGAAAUAAGCUAUUGUUACGUGUUGCAACAUGUUUUUAUUAUGCUGAUUUAGUGAGAACACAAAUUUUAAUAAGUAAAACUGUUAAUGAAGAUCAACGAAAAAUUUAUACUUAUUGUAUUUUAAAGUUUCCAAAAUUAUUAACUAUUUUAAAUAAUGAAUUUGAUAAAAAUAAUCUUAAAACUUAUAAUAUGACAAAAAAAACUUUUAAAGAAUUAGAAAAACUGAUGAAAGAAAAUGAAUCAGAAAUUGAAAAUUAUUUUAACAAAGGAAAAAGAAAUGAAAAUGUAUUACUUGAUUUCAUUAACCAACGCCCAAUUUAUGAAUUGUUAAUUGAAUUAAAAUGGGAAACAAUUAGAUUUAUUACAUAUCAUCGUGAAAACUUUCAUACAUGGAUUAUUGAUAGUAUAAAUGAUGAUAUGAAAAAUUAUCCAUUACAAUCAACAUCACAAAGUCAUGCUGCGACUAUGAAAUUUAUUUGA